GCGAGCGAGAGCAAAUCCGAUCUCCAUCUAGAUACCAUUAAUAACUGUCCAGAAAAUCAAUAUGUUCAUCAUUUUGAUUGACAAGGUCAUUUCGGUAAUUGCACAUCCCAGUUAUAAGCAAGCUCUGCGAAAAAAUCCCGCCGAUUUUUCAUUUGAACAGAGAGGAGAUUAGCGGAAUUGGACAGCACGAAAGUGGCGCGGMGAUGGAGAAGAUCUGCGUAGCUGUUCGAGUUAGACCUCCGGCUCCGGUGAUCCAAGAAGUCUCCAGCGGGCUCUAUUGGAAGGUUGAACACAACCGGAUCUCUCUGCACAAUCCCAUCGGUAUCCCUAUUUCUGGCGCCUCCUACGCUUUCGAUCAUGUAUUAGAUCAAAACUGCACAAACGCCAAAGUCUAUGAGCUUCUUACUGAGGACCUUAUUAGAGCUGCCAUUGAGGGUUUUAAUGGAACUGCAUUUGCAUAUGGACAGACCAGCAGUGGCAAGACAUUCACUAUGAAUGGUUGUGAAGAUAAUCCCGGAAUUAUUCCCCUGGCUAUUAGAGACAUUUUCCAACAUAUUCAGAUGGCACUUGACAGAGAAUUUCUGAUUCGAGUUUCCUACAUGGAAAUUUAUAAUGAAGAAAUCAAUGAUCUUUUUUCCCCUGAGAAUCAGAAACUUCAAAUUCAUGAGAAUUUAGAGCGUGGCAUCUUUGUUGCAGGUCUUAGGGAGGAAAUUGUAAACAAUGCUGAACAAGUGCUUAAGCUUAUUGAACAGGGAGAAGUUAACCGACACUUUGGCCAGACAAACAUGAAUGCUCGAAGCAGCAGAUCCCACACAAUAUUUAGGAUGGUUAUUGAAAGCAAGAGCAAGGAUACGAGUUCUAGUGAACAUUCAAAUUCGGAUGCCAUUCGUGUAUCUGUCCUGAAUUUGGUAGAUUUAGCUGGAUCUGAGCGGAUUGCUAAAACUGGAGCUGGUGGAGUACAUUUGAAGGAAGGAAAGCACAUCAAUAAAAGCUUAAUGGUUCUUGGGAAUGUAAUUAACAAACUGAGUGAUGGUGGAAAGCAGAGGGGGCAUAUUCCAUAUCGUGAUAGUAAACUGACCCGCAUACUUCAACCUGCUCUGGGUGGUAAUGCUAAAACGUCCAUAAUUUGUACAGUAGCACCAGAGGAGGUUCACAUUGAAGAAACAAGGGGAACCCUCCAGUUUGCCAGUAGAGCUAAAUGCAUUACCAAUUGUAUCCAAGUUAAUGAGAUCCUAACUGAUGCAGCCUUAUUGAGGCGACAGAAACUAGAGAUAGAGGAACUGCGUAAGAAACUUCAGGGAUCUCGGUCUGAGGUGCUUGAGCAAGAGAUUUUGAAACUGAGGAAUGAAUUGCUGAAGUAUGAACUAGAGCGUGAAAAACUUGCAAUGGAACUUGAGGAGGAGAGGAAAUCACAUAAAGAAUGUAAUCAGUGCAUAAAGGAGCAGCAGAUGAAAAUAGACAACAUAAACAGUAUUGUUAGUUGUUCGGAGCAAGACGGAGAUUCAGUUCAGAUAAAGUUUUUUCCAUCAUCAUCUAGUAUGGCUGAUGCUGGGAUUCUUGUUCUAUUAUCUACUGGGUGGGGGCAGCUGCCUGUGAGACAAAGACUAGAGGAAGACAGCAAUGACGACCAUAGCACAUGCCAAGAGAAUGCUUUCAAGACCCCUUGCUUUAAAUCAGUUCGUAACACUUUUGUUGCAAAACGAUCAAAUUAUUCAAAGCUACCUGACUCUAGUCCGCUUCCAGAUGAUUUCAGCAAUGUUGCUGAUGAAGAGUUGUGGUUGAGGCUUAACAAAGGCCAUAACACUGAUCUCAAUUCACUUCAAAUGACUCCUUCCAUAAAAGCCCAUUCAUUUUCAUCAAGUGAUCCAUCAGGACCAUCACCUGGUUAUUCAAUUGAGUAUUACAAAGAUGARAUUCAAAAUCUCAAGAGACAAUUGGAACAUACUAUUGAAGAAAAAAAUGAACUUGAGAGAAGUCAUGCAAAACAGCUAUUCUUGAACAACCAAAUAUUGGUGGAGAUGUCUAAACUUCAACAAGAGAUGCUAUUGAUUCGAGGGAUUCCACAAAAGCUGUGUGUAUCUGUAACACAUUGCAAAGACAUCUAUAAGGAUGUUUUAUCAAUCAUGCAGAGUUUUGUACCUGAUAAAAAAUCUUCAACUGCAAGAUUGCUUUCAAGCACAGGUGACAUUGGUAUCAAUUUAUUCUCAACUUUAGAAGCCCAUUUCUCCAUGGAUAUAGGUGGCUACAAAGUUUUAAGCGGGGAGAAUUCUCUAAUUCAUGAACAAUGGAAAGUACUUGUUGAGCUGUUGAACAAUGUAAUUACAAUUUUAGUAUCUUCACAAGCAUUAAAUGUCAAACGUGAAUGUCUAAAGAUUCCAAUGUGCACUAGAAAACAUGUGGUAGCUGCCAAGUCACAACCAUCAAGAUUUCAGUUUUCCAUUUUGACUAUGUUCUCUUUCAUGAUAAUAGGAAUAGUUGUUUAUUUUUUGUGCUUCUAAUGGUUUGGUUGUUAUGUACUCAGACAUGGCUCAAUUAAUUCAUUAUGCAAUUAUACAAGCAAAAAUAUCUUAAA